AGGGAGGGGAAAGGUCAGAGGGCGGCGGCAAGAUGGCGGCGCUGGGCCUGUGGUGAAGCUGCUGCUGGGAGAGGGGCUGCAGAGGGGCCGCGGGGGGUUGGGGGCUGUACGCACAGCGCCGCCGCCGCCGGGAUGGCGGAGGCCGCCGGGGAGGAGCUCCGGAAGCUCGAGUAUCUGUCCCUGGUGUCCAAGGUCUGCACUGAGCUGGACAACCAUCUGGGCAUCAAUGACAAGGACCUGGCGGAGUUCAUCAUCAGUCUCGCGGAGAAGCACAACACGUUCGAGACUUUCAAGCGGAUGCUCCUGAAAAAUGGGGCCGAGUUUACGGAUUCGCUCAUCAGCAAUUUGUUGCGUCUGAUACAGACCAUGAGGCCACCUCCCAAGCCCUUGACGUCCAGCAAAGCUGCUGAAACCACCAAACCGAAGUCGGAAAAGGAAAAGAUGAAGGAGCUUUUCCCGGUGCUCUGUAUGCCCGACAACCCCACGAUCAAGACGCUGCUGGAUCCAGAUGAUUUGAAAGUGGCAGCCGAUGCCCUGAAGGAACUCGAGGCCCUGAUGCCGUCGAAGGAAGACAUUAGAAAGAGCAGCAAGCACAGCUCGGUUGACAAAGGCAAGAGGAGGAAACGCAGCCGGAGUAGAGACCGAAAGCGUCGACGGCAUUCCAGAUCCCGAUCACGUUCCCGGGACCGGACCAGGAGCAGAACCGGCAGGAGGUCCAGGAGCCGAAGUCGAAGCGGGAGCCGGAACAGAGACCACAAGGAGAGAGAGAGGGAAAGGGAGAGGGAGAGGGAGAGAGAGAGGGGCGUCCGCCUCGGGGGAGAGAAGGCCGGAGAGAAGUGGAAGGAACGUCACGUAGACAGACCCCCGCCAGAGGAGCCCUCGGUGGGCGACAUCUACAACGGCAAAGUCACCAGCAUCAUGCAGUUCGGAUGCUUUGUGCAGCUGGAAGGGCUCAGGAAACGAUGGGAGGGUUUGGUGCACAUCUCCGAGCUCAGGAGAGAGGGACGUGUGGCCAACGUGGCGGAUGUCGUUAGCAAAGGCCAGAGAGUGAAAGUCAAGGUGUUGUCUUUCACUGGAUCCAAAACCAGCCUCAGUAUGAAGGAUGUGGAUCAGGAAAGCGGAGAGGACCUGAAUCCAAACCGCCGCAGGAACGUGGGGGGAGAGACGAGCGAGGAGACCACCAUGAGGAACCCGGACAGACCCAGUAACCUGUCGCUGGUCAACACGCCCGAGGUGGAGGAUGACAUGCUGGAGCGCAAGCGACUGACAAAGAUCUCGGACCCGGAGAAGUGGGAGAUCAAACAGAUGAUCGCGGCGAACGUCAUCUCCAAAGAGGAGUACCCUGACUUCGACGAAGAGACGGGGAUUCUUCCCAAGGUGGAUGACGAGGAAGACGAGGACCUCGAGAUCGAGCUGGUGGAAGAGGAGCCUCCGUUCCUCAGGGGCCACACCAAACAGAGCAUGGACAUGAGUCCUGUCAAAAUAGUCAAGAAUCCCGACGGCUCCCUAUCCCAGGCCGCCAUGAUGCAAAGUGCGUUGGCGAAGGAGAGGCGGGAGAUGAAGCAGGCUCAGCGGGAGGCGGAAAUGGACUCCAUCCCCAUGGGACUGAACAAGCACUGGGUCGAUCCACUACCCGAUGUUGACGGGCGACAGAUUGCGGCCAACAUGCGAGGCAUCGGGAUGAUGCCCCAGGACAUCCCCGAGUGGAAGAAGCACGCGUUCGGGGGGAACAAAGCCUCUUACGGACGCAAAACCCAGAUGUCCAUCCUGGAACAGAGAGAAAGCUUGCCCAUCUACAGGCUGAAAGAGCAGCUGGUCCAGGCGGUUCACGACAACCAGGUGCUGAUCGUGAUCGGGGAGACGGGCUCCGGUAAAACCACGCAGAUCACCCAGUACCUGGCGGAGGCCGGCUACACCACCCGGGGGAAGAUUGGCUGCACGCAGCCCCGGCGUGUGGCUGCCAUGUCCGUAGCCAAGCGUGUAUCCGAGGAGUACGGCUGCUGCUUGGGGCAGGAGGUUGGCUACACCAUCCGAUUCGAAGAUUGCACCAGCCCCGAGACGGUGAUCAAGUACAUGACGGACGGGAUGUUGCUACGAGAGUGUCUUAUCGACCCCAACCUCUCGCAGUACGCCAUCAUCAUGCUGGACGAGGCCCACGAGAGGACAAUCCACACUGACGUCCUCUUCGGGCUGUUGAAGAAGACCGUCAAGAAACGGCCCGAUAUGAAGUUGAUCGUGACGUCAGCCACGCUGGACGCGGUCAAGUUCUCACAGUAUUUCUACGAGGCUCCGAUCUUCACCAUCCCCGGGAGGACGUACCCGGUGGAGGUUCUUUACACGAAGGAACCCGAGACGGAUUACCUGGACUCCAGUCUGAUCACAGUCAUGCAGAUCCAUCUCACAGAGCCACCGGGAGAUAUCCUGGUUUUCCUGACGGGUCAGGAGGAGAUUGACACGGCGUGCGAGAUCCUGUACGAGCGAAUGAAGUCCAUGGGGCCGGACGUGCCCGAGUUGAUUAUCCUGCCUGUGUACUCAGCCUUGCCGAGCGAGAUGCAAACCAGAAUAUUCGACCCAGCGCCUCCCGGCAGCAGGAAGGUUGUGAUCGCCACCAACAUUGCGGAAACCUCACUGACCAUCGACGGCAUUUACUAUGUGGUGGACCCCGGGUUCGUCAAGCAGAAAGUCUACAACUCCAAAACCGGCAUCGAUCAACUAGUGGUCACUCCAAUAUCACAGGCACAAGCCAAGCAGCGAGCCGGGCGCGCAGGCAGGACAGGGCCCGGCAAGUGCUACAGGCUGUACACCGAGCGAGCCUACAGAGACGAGAUGCUCACCACUAAUGUGCCCGAGAUUCAGAGGACCAAUCUGGCCAGCACCGUGCUGUCCCUUAAGGCUAUGGGCAUCAAUGACCUGCUAUCGUUUGAUUUCAUGGACGCCCCUCCCAUGGAGACGCUCAUCACGGCCAUGGAGCAGCUGUACACUCUGGGGGCGCUCGACGACGAGGGUUUGCUGACGAGGCUCGGACGCAGGAUGGCGGAGUUUCCCCUGGAGCCGAUGCUGUGUAAAAUGCUGAUCAUGUCCGUGCACCUCGGCUGUAGCGAGGAAAUGCUGACUAUCGUUUCUAUGCUGUCUGUACAGAACGUCUUCUAUCGACCCAAGGAUAAACAAGCCCUGGCCGAUCAGAAGAAGGCCAAGUUCCACCAGGCGGAAGGCGACCACCUCACCUUGCUCGCCGUCUACAACUCGUGGAAGAACAACAAGUUCUCCAACCCCUGGUGCUACGAGAACUUCAUCCAGGCUCGCUCCCUCCGUAGGGCUCAGGACAUCCGCAAGCAGAUGCUCGGGAUCAUGGACAGGCACAAACUGGACGUGGUGUCGUGCGGCAAAGCCACGGUGCGGGUCCAGAAAGCCAUCUGCAGCGGCUUCUUCCGCAACGCGGCCAAGAAAGACCCCCAGGAGGGUUACCGGACCCUGAUCGACCAACAGGUGGUGUACAUCCACCCUUCCAGCGCCCUCUUCAACCGCCAGCCAGAAUGGGUUGUGUAUCACGAGCUGGUCCUGACCACCAAGGAGUACAUGCGAGAGGUCACCACCAUUGACCCCCGUUGGCUGGUGGAGUUCGCUCCGGCCUUCUUCAAGGUCUCCGACCCCACCAAGCUCAGCAAGCAGAAGAAGCAGCAGCGGCUGGAGCCUCUGUACAACCGCUACGAGGAGCCCAACGCCUGGAGAAUCUCUCGCGCGUUCAGGCGCCGGUGAACAGCUGGCGACCGCUUCCGAGAGGACGAGAGAGAGAGAGUGGACGAGAGAGAGAGAGACACAGAGAGCGCUGUGCUCAGGAGAAACAGGACCCUUUGUUGCAUCCCGAGAAUUCCAUUGAAAUUCCUUCCUCUUUCCUCUUCCCCCUCCGUCUUCCUCCACACACACACACCCCCUCCCCCCGUCUCCUUUCCCAAACCAACCAACCGUUUUGGAGUCCUCCAAUGUCAGUAUAUAUUUUUAACGUAUCAAAACGUUUGCUCCCUGAUGAUUCCCGACACUAGGAAACGGAUUCCACCUCCCUCCCCCUGUCUUAAUAUUCACUGCCCGCUCAGGUGCUCGUCGAAAGAUCCCACCAAGGCAGCGUUCGGAAAGACAAGGGAGUUGCUCCCGUUGUCCUAACCCAACGAUCCUCCUCCACCACCCCCCUGGUUCACACGGGCGCACACAUCUGUUACGUGGGAGACUCGAGGAACAGAGUAAACAUGUUUUUAAUGUGACGUUUGUAAAAACCUCAGCAAGUCAAUUUGACGCAUCUCAUCAGUUCCGCUACGCUUGUUCGAGUUCAUGUUGGCGGCGGAUCUCUCUCCAUCUACGUCAGGACUCUUAAACAGCUCUCACUCCCACCCCAGUACCUUCUGCCUUGUUUUAUUUACCCCCCACCACACUUCCCUUGUGCUCGCUCCCCAACCCCCGCCCCCCACAUAUUGGCAUGUGGAUUAAACGUUUCGCUGUAAAACUCUUGACCCUUUUUCUUUCAAGUUGAAUCAAUUUGUUCACCAAACGGUGACGGUACGUCGGGAAGUGCCAAUGGCACAGUUUUUAACAUGGGUUUAAGGAGCUGCCGUUGGUCUUUCGUGUGUUUUUAACCUUUAAAAGGGAAUCUCUACAAGCGCCGUCUUCCCUAAAAGAAGACGAAGCUGAAAUGAACAUAGUUUUACCGUACACUCCAAAGCCGUGCAAAUGCAAGGAUUCGAAAGACAGAUGUGGUAACAGCUGGGAAUGUGCGUGUGUGUGUGUGUGGUGGGGGUGGGGGUGGGGGGGGGUGAAACCCUCCUUGUUUUAUCUGCAGCUCUUGUAUUCGUUCAAUGUUUCAAUGUACACGAACACUGUAAAAAUGUCACGGUCAAUUUUAUAGAAACAUGGAGUUUAAACCCCCCCCCAGGAGCAAAUAAACCGGCUGUAUAUCAUGUCUGUCAGGA